AUGCGGUAUCUCGCCGCAUGCGCUGCAUCUGAGCAAUGGCUCAUCAUCACUCUCAGCGUGCUGGCCAAGCAGUCAAUGAAGCUCGAAGUUCUCGAGAAAGACCCGCCAGCAUAUGCUAAAAUGAGCCAGGAGGCAGAAGAAGAUCUCAAUGAUGAGCAGGAACAACAUAGGUAUUUGAGCAUACUGGAGAAGCCAUCGUCUCUUAUCUCGGACACCGACAAAUUCCUCGAAAUGGAUCAGAUUUAUCACUUUGAAGAAUGGUACAUACGCGACACAAUAAACUGGCUAUUCUUGUACAUGCUCUCCGCGAUUGGCGGAAGCUCCCCAACCACCGACGGCGGCUCAUGCUUCGAAAUGAGCACCCGGGUCUACAGAACCGGCAUGAGCAGUUCACCUCUGGUCAUCUCCUCUGAUUGGGAUGGCGAAUAUUCAGCCUCGUCUGACGCUCAGAGAAUCAGAUAUUGCAGGUCUGCUCUAGACAUCUUGUUACUAAACACUCGUGAAAUUGCUAAGCACAAGAGCCACACAAGCAGGCUCGUCCAAAUUCAAUGGGAUUUUGAGGGCUCGAGAGAUCCGGAAUACCGCCCCGUAGAGCUACAGCACCAAGCUUGUACCCAACGCCAAUUUUCCAUCUCUUCGAUGGACGAUGCCCUCAGUAUGAUAAUGCCAUUGGCUCUCUGCAACGCGCAUGCAGCCAUUGAGGCAUUCUGCAUGAUUACUACGACGAAUAUUUCGUGCGUAUCGACGGGCAAGCCGCGAUCUCGCGAGUAUAUCGACGAGCACUUCUUGGCCAAAUUCUCAUUCACAACCUCGGCUUACAACAAAGCCCAACAGAAAAUUGGAACAUCGCCGGGAUACAAGAGUCUCCAAAAGGCCAACUCGCGGGAGGAGCGUCUCGUUCCUAGCUGCAGCCUCGAGUCUACCAAUGAGCGUGACUGUGACUGGCCUACCUUCAAAAAGCAAAUGGACACCACAUCAGAGUGGAAGCUGGACGAAACGUGCGUUAUCGUCGAAUGCGGUCCCUAUGUUUGGACCAUCAUGGGAAUUGCUCUCUUCAUCGUGAUCGGCGGAUUGGCGGUACCAUUCAGCAGCCAUGUGCGCCUAGAGGGAGUCGAUCCGUUCAACAUUACCACGUUUGUCUGGCUGCUUGUGGCAUUUUUCGUCCUUAUCGCGAAGAGCCGGUACGUCCCCAACUGGGCAUGGCACGACUUUCUCCAUCGACGCAUCAUCUGCCGGACUGUCACCGAACUAGCUAAUGUCACAGCCAUGGACCCUCAGCUGGUCAUACACAAGCUGCUCGUCAGCGAGAACUCUUCAGUCUUGGGCACUCGUGGCCCACACAAUAGCAUGUUCAAGCUGCAGCGACCGAACGGCUUCUCCAUCGAUGUGCCUGUGAAAACACCAACUCUGUAUACCAAUGGCUUCGUGCUGUUCCGCUGCCUGGGAAAGGUCGACCAACAUAUUGUUUGCCUCGAUGCUCGCCCUAUCGAUCUGACCAGUACAUCCCUCCUCGUCGCUGAGCACCGCCCCACACAAAAGUCCUUUGGGUGCAGACUGCCCGCCCCGAGCCAGCCCGUCCCCAGCAACGGUAUGAAAUUGUACAUGGAUGUGCUGAAGCUGACUGAGCGCGAGUAUGAAGGCGACCGUAUCUUGGGGCUUUUCCUGGCUGGUGCUGAGUUCGGGUAA